UCAUUUGAAUUUCUUGUUCUUUAAAGAACAAUCGCUUACUGGACAGAUUGAGUUGCCAUUUACUGAAAGUGUUUGAACUUGACAAUGAAUAAAUUCAAAGUUCUAAUAGUUCUGUUCGUGGCAAUAGUUGCUGCUAAAUGUUCGUCGGAAAGUGAUUCUUCGUCAUCAGAAGACAAUGUCUUCGGGAAUGAAAAUGUAAACUCAAGAACUCCAUUGUUCUUAUCCCGAUACAUUCAGAGAGGAAAAAUUGCUGAAGGACGGUUUUUAGCAGAAGUUAGACAACCGGAACUGUUGAAGAAGAAAAUUAAAAGCUAUUCCGGCUAUUUUACUGUUGACGAACGGUUUGAUUCCAAUAUGUUCUUCUGGUUCUUCCCUGCGAAAAACAACCAAAAGAACGCUCCACUAAUUUUAUGGUUGCAAGGAGGUCCUGGUGCUUCGUCGUUAUACGGACUGUUCAUGGAAAACGGACCAAUCUAUGUCAAUAAGGACAACACUCUCUCUGAACGAGAGUACCCAUGGAAUGAAAAUCUUAAUUUACUGUACAUCGACAAUCCAGUGGGCGCUGGCUUCAGCUUCACAAACAGUUCGGAUGGAUAUUUAACGAAUCAAGUGGAUGUUGGAAAAAAUUUGUUCUCCACCGUCAGUCAAUUUCUCCAAUUGUUCCCGGAGCUAAGAAAGAACGAGUUUUACAUCUCCGGAGAGUCCUACGCCGGAAAGUACGUACCAUCUUUAGCUUAUACGAUUUAUUUGAACAGAAAUAGCCAAAAUCCCAACGAUCGCAUCAAUCUGAAAGGCUUCGCGAUAGGCAACGGGGUCACGGAUCCCAUUAAUCAAAUUGCUUUCGGUGAAUUAUUCCACAAUUUGGGCUUCAUUGACGCAAAUGCACUGCAAAUAUUCAAUCAAUAUGAAAGUAAUGCGUUCGCACUCAUCGAACAAGAACAAUAUGCAGCUGCUCUUUACUACACAUUUUCUCUGAUUAACACGCGAACUUGUUUGUUCAACAACUUGACUGGAUUCACAUCGCCCUACAACUUUUUGAUACCUGAUGGUUACGAUGAGACAAUUCAUAUAGUAAGCAACUAUUUGGUCAACUCAUCUAUCUCAAAGUAUCUGAAUGUCGGUGACAGAACUUUCGUGGCUUUUGACGAGAACAACCCCGUGUUGGGUAAUUUGGCGAACGAUAUUUUGGCUUCGGUAGCACCAUGGUUAGAAGUUCUCAUUGACAAUUACAAAGUGCACAUCUACAGUGGAAUGUUAGACUUACUCUGUGGUCCUAAGGGAAUCGAAAGUUAUUUGCUAAAACUGCUUUUCAAUGGGUCUGAUGAGUUUAGGACGGUUCCAACUACGCAAUGGCUGGUGGACGGUGAAAUUGCCGGAUACAGAAGGGAAGUGGGAAAUUUCACUUACAGCGUUGUACGUCUAGCAGGACACAUGGUUCCACAUGACCAACCUAAAUGGGCUUUUGACCUAAUAUCAAAAUUAACCGGCACAGGUAAAAAAUUGUAAUGUUUCAGGCUGAUUUGACAAUAAAGAGAUGUUUAAAUGACAGCAAAAAUAAA